AUGAAAAAACAUCCCAUUGUUGGCAUUCUUGUGUACCUGUGGUGUCUCGUAGCCGAUGCUCAGUGGCGCGGAAACAUUCUCUAUCUCGUGGGUGUUCCCUCGCCCAGCCAUCACAUAUGGAACCGCGCCAUCAUGCUGGAGCUGGCCCAGCGCGGCUACAAUUUGACCGUGCUCACAGUGGAACUCGAGGAGUCGCUGCCCAAUUUGCAUUUCAUCACCAUGGAGGACGUGUACGAGGUGGUGCAGAGAGAGUGGAAUGCGGGAUCGAUCGGGGUGGAUACGGCGAAGAGGAGCUCUUGGAGCAUCGUGUCCGAUUCUUACAACUUCUACCACUUUGUCUCGCAGAAGCUCGCCUCGACUGAAGGUUUCCGUCGGCUGAUGGACUAUCCAGACGACUUCAACGUCUCUGCUGUCAUUCAUGACUUCUCCCUGGGACAGAUGAUGCUGGGCUUUGUGGAGAAGUUCGGAAAUCCACCCCUGAUCUCGGUGAGUCCCUUUGGAGUGCCGCCGCACACAUGGUCAGUUGCCGGAGAGCCUCAUCUGGCGCCCUUCUCACCCCACUUCGCCACCGGAUAUCCCACAGAGAUGCACUUCGGCCAGAAGAUACUGAAUCUCGCCAUGCACUUCUGGGAUUGGAUGUACAGGGAAUUGAUAUUUAUGCGCAGGGAAACCGCCUUAGCCAUGGAGUUUUUCCCCGAAGUCAAUUUGUAUGCUAUUGAGCGUCGCUCGAGUGUGAUACUCGUCAACAGAGAGCCUCUUCUGGACGGCGGCGGCAGUCUUCCCACUAAUGUGAUCAAUGUGGGUGCUCUUCAUGCGGACAGAGAGGGUUGGCUAUCGCCAGAAGUGGAGCAAACUCUGUCUUCGUCCAAACCUGUGAUCCUAUUUUCGGUGGGCAGUAACAUGAGGAGUGAUUUACUGGACGAACAAAUCAUCGCAAAGUUUGUCUCAGUUUUCCAAAAGCUUAAUCAAUUCAGCGUCAUUUGGAAGUAUGAGGGAAAGAGACCUUUCAAUUGGCCGAAGAAUAUAUUGACAGUGGAUUGGAUUGAUCAGAAUAAGCUUUUGGAACAUCCUAAUUUAGUGUUAUUCAUCACUCACGGAGGACUCUUGAGUGUCCAAGAAGCCGCUUGGAACGGAGUUCCCAUUCUAGGAAUGCCUCUCUUCAUGGAUCAGCAUUCAAACGUUGCGAAGGCUGUUUCCCGUGAUAUCGCUCUUGACAUUGACGUGAACUCAUUCACAGCUGAAGAGCUGGAGAGCAAAAUACUGCAGCUAAUUGAGGGAGGGAAUUUCCGUGCGAACGCAGGGAAAAUAUCAAAAAUGCUGCAAAGGCAGGAGUCUCCACUGUCGCGAGCAGUUUCCUGGAUAGAGAAUAUCGCAGAAAAUGGUGAGUUGCCGCAGUUGAAGUGUCACGUUAAUUUACAUGAUAUUUUGAUUCCCAUCAUCUUUAUACUCUUCUGUGCAAACCUCCUCUGGGAUGCUUUUCUCAAUGUUGUCUCGAGGAUUACACAGAAACGCACGACAGAAAGUGAUUCGAAAAGGCAAAAGCUAAAAGUUCAAUAA